CGCGCGCAAGGCACGAAUAUCUCCCCCAGCUCUCAUUAAAAAAAAUAGAAGAAAAGAAAGGAAAUCUCCCUCUUGCCCUUCGAUUUAAUUCAUUCCCCUACCUACCACCCUUUCCCUCUUCUGCCCGCGCUCUUAUAUUCCCCGCUCCUGUCUGAAAGGAAAGAUCACCGCUUCCUCCCGCGAUCCUCUUCUCGUCUCUCGAUCGCUGUAAGGAUUGGUUUUGGCAACAAAAAAGAUGGCGGCACAUACACCUAAAAACAUCCUCAUCACUGGGGCGGCUGGCUUUAUUGCGUCACAUGUUGCCAACCGCCUCAUCCGAAACUACCCCGAUUACAAGAUUGUGGUUCUUGAUAAGCUUGACUACUGCUCUAAUCUGAACAAUUUCCUUCCUUCCCGUUCAUCGCCCAACUUCAAGUUUGUCAAAGGUGAUAUUGCAAGUGCAGACCUCGUCAACUUCCUCCUCAUCACUGAGUCCAUUGAUACCAUUAUGCACUUUGCGGCUCAGACGCAUGUUGACAACUCCUUUGGCAACUCUUUUGAGUUCACAAAGAACAACAUCUAUGGUACCCAUGUGCUCCUUGAGGCCUGCAAGCUCACUGGCCAGAUCAGAAGGUUCAUCCAUGUUAGCACAGAUGAGGUCUAUGGUGAGACUGAUGAGGAUGCUGUGGUUGGAAAUCAUGAGGCAUCUCAGCUGCUCCCAACAAACCCAUAUUCUGCUACCAAAGCUGGGGCUGAGAUGCUUGUUAUGGCAUAUGGAAGAUCCUAUGGUCUGCCUGUUAUUACCACACGGGGAAACAACGUAUAUGGGCCCAAUCAGUUUCCUGAGAAGCUUAUUCCUAAGUUUCUCCUCUUGGCUAUGAGAGGACAGCCGCUCCCAAUUCAUGGAGAUGGAUCUAAUGUGAGGAGCUAUCUCUACUGCGAGGAUGUUGCAGAGGCAUUUGAGGUCAUCCUUCACCAGGGAGAAGUCGGGCAUGUUUAUAAUAUCGGGACAAAGAAAGAGAGGAGGGUGAUUGAUGUUGCGAAGGAUAUUUGUAAGCUUUUCUCAUUGGACCCUGACGAAGUUAUCAAGUUUGUGGACAAUAGGCCCUUCAAUGAUCAAAGGUACUUUCUGGAUGAUCAGAAGCUGAAGAAUUUGGGGUGGUCAGAGAGGACAACAUGGGAAGAGGGCUUGAAAAAGACGAUGGAAUGGUAUACAGCCAAUCCUGAUUGGUGGGGUGAUGUCUCUGGUGCACUGUUGCCUCAUCCAAGGAUGCUGAUGAUGCCUGGAAUUGGAAGACAAUUUGAUGGUUCUGAAAAUACCAAGAACAUGGUCUCCCAGAUAACUAAUACUUUUAGUCCGAUGAAGAUGGCAAUUCCUGCUUCAAAGAACACUGGUGGUUCAUCGCUGAAGCCAUCUUUGAAGUUCUUGAUUUAUGGAAGGACUGGAUGGAUUGGUGGCCUUCUUGGGAAGAUAUGUGAGAAGCAAGGUAUACCAUUUGUGUAUGGAAAGGGUCGCCUGGAAGAGCGUUUCUCGCUCAUUUCGGAUAUUCAAACUGCAAAGCCAACACAUGUUUUUAAUGCUGCUGGUGUGACCGGAAGACCUAAUGUUGACUGGUGUGAGUCUCACAAGCCUGAGACGAUUCGAACCAAUGUCGUGGGUACUUUGACUCUAGCUGAUAUUUGCAGGGAGCAUGGGUUGUUAAUGAUGAAUUAUGCUACUGGGUGUAUAUUUGAGUAUGAUGCAGUACAUCCAGAAGGGUCAGGCAUUGGCUUCAGGGAGGAAGACAAGCCAAAUUUUAUUGGAUCAUUUUAUUCAAAGACUAAAGCAAUGGUUGAAGAACUUUUGAAAGAAUACGACAACGUUUGCACUCUAAGAGUCCGCAUGCCAAUAUCUUCUGAUCUUAAUAAUCCACGCAACUUCAUUACAAAGAUCUCUCGCUAUAACAAAGUGGUGAACAUUCCAAACAGCAUGACUGUCUUAGACGAGCUUCUACCAAUAUCAGUGGAGAUGGCAAAGAGAAACUGUAGGGGCAUAUGGAAUUUCACCAAUCCUGGUGUCAUCAGCCAUAAUGAGAUCUUAGAGAUGUACAAGACCUAUAUGGAUUCUAGCUUUAAGUGGGUCAAUUUUACACUUGAAGAGCAGGCCAAAGUUAUUGUUGCACCUCGAAGCAACAAUGAGAUGGAUGCGUCAAAGCUGAAGAAUGAGUUUCCUGAAUUGCUGUCCAUCAAAGAUUCACUUAUUAAGUAUGUUUUUGAACCUAACAGGAAGGUUCCUGUAGGUGUAGCUAAGUCAAGCUUUGAGUGACAGCAGAGUUCAGUUACUAACCUUCGCAUUCUGCAUUAGCUAGUACAACCUUCUCCAUCAUUUUGUGGGCAGUUUUAGUUAUUAUAUGUCAGGAUGUUCAUCAGUGUGAGUUCUAUUAUUAUUGCAUUGCAGUUAGGGCAAUUUGUUAGGUUGCCACGAAGCUUUUGUCUCCCGUUUUUUUUAAUAGUCCUGUAUUAUUUAUGGGUUCUUUGUUUCUAUGAGGGCAUUUAGUUUACCUUAGAAUGGAUGUCCUGUCCAAUUAGGCCUGCAUGGUAUCUAUUGAACUUUUAUAAGUGAAGGUUUAUCUCCUGAAAUACUUAAAUUCCCUGCUGCUGUCAUCAAGUUCUCUACUGUUACUAUGAUCAGCUGAACGAAUUCUCAUUUGAUUAA